GGCCCCUCGCGCUGCUGCGCGCCAGGAUCCCCGACGGACAGACCGACGGAGAGACGGACUUGGGUCCGCGACUCCCUGGGGGCGGCCGCGCGCCCCCUACGCUGAAGGCCGGGCCAGGACCCGGCUCCCCGAGACGCUGAGGCUGGGCGGACCGGCCGCCGUGGCCCUCGGACGCUUUCUUCCCUCUGGGAGGAAUCGCGGAGCGAUGGGACGAGGCUCUCCCGCCCGCCGGGCUCCAGGAUGCUGCGGCUCUCCCAGCUCCGACUUGGGCCCCUCCGGCGGUGCCCGGCCGGUACCCUGAAGCCGCCGCUCGGCCUUCGGUGUAGUUACCCCGGACACGGCGGGACGCCCUCCCCGGGUGUUCGGGGCACUAUGAACGAAGAGGAGCAGUUUGUAAACAUUGAUUUGAAUGAUGACAACGUUUGCAGUGUUUGUAAACUGGGAACAGACAAAGAAACACUCUCCUUCUGCCACAUUUGUUUUGAGCUAAAUAUUGAGGGGGUACCAAAGUCUGAUCUCUUGCACACCAAAUCAUUAAGGGGCCAUAAAGACUGCUUUGAAAAAUACCAUUUAAUUGCAAACCAGGGUUGUCCUCGAUCUAAGCUUUCAAAAAGUACUUAUGAAGAAGUUAAAACCAUUUUGAGUAAGAAGUUAAACUGGAUUGUGCAGUAUGCACAAAAUAAGGAUCUGGAUUCAGAUUCUGAAUGUUCUAAAAACCCUCAGCAUCAUCUGUUUAAUUUCAGGCAUAAGCCAGAAGAAAAAUUACUCCCACAGUUUGACUCCCAAGUACCAAAAUAUUCUGCAAAAUGGAUAGAUGGAAGUGCAGGUGGCAUCUCUAACUGUACACAAAGAAUUUUGGAGCAGAGGGAAAAUACAGACUUUGGACUUGCUAUGUUACAAGAUUCAGGUGCCACUUUAUGUCAUAACAGUGUUUUGUGGCCUCAUAGUCACAACCAGGCACAGAAAAAAGAAGAGACAAUCUCUAGUCCAGAGGCUAAUGUCCAGACCCAGCAUCCACAUUACAGCAGAGAGGAAUUGAAUUCGAUGACUCUUGGUGAGGUAGAGCAACUGAAUGCAAAGCUCCUACAGCAAAUCCAGGAAGUUUUUGAAGAGUUAACACACCAAGUGCAAGAAAAAGAUUCUUUGGCCUCACAGCUCCAUGUCCGCCACGUUGCCAUCGAACAGCUUCUGAAGAACUAUUCUAAGUUACCAUGUUUGCAAGUAGGGCGAACAGGAAUGAAGUCACACCUACCCAUAAACAACUGACCUAAACAGACUUACUAUGUAUGCCCUGCCCUUUAUUGGUCUCCCAGACAUGCAAACUUUGAAGAGGUUUGAAGAAAGUUUUGGUCCUUUUUUUUAUGGUCAUUAAAUUUGCUAAACAGAAGGCAGUAUUUAACAUCUUUGUCAAAUAAAGCAGAUCAUUAUACUCUAGUCUUCAAGGGCUAAUCAUUUUGGCUCAUUUGGGGACUCUUUUUUCCCAGAAUUACUAAACAAAUUUUAUCACAUGUGACUACUUAAAUAUACUGUUACAGUGUCAUUUUAUUAAACAUUUUAAUGUAAUUCACCUGUCAAAACAACAGAUUAACUCCUUAGUCUAAACUACUAGAGAUAAUUUUUAAGAGGGAAAUGGAAUUCAUAUCACCUCUUAUUUAUUAUGAGCAAUAUUUUAAUAUAAAAAUUUUAUAUGUAAAAAUGCUAUUUUAGGUACUUUGCCAUUCUCUUUAUAAAUGUGUAUUUGAGUGGUUCUGUAUAUUUAUUUACACUAUCGUGUGAAUAUGUUCACCCAUAUUUCAGGUCACUGCAUUUUAUUCUCUUAAUACAAUGUUUUUACAAUGGUUACCUUGCUUUCCAAAGAUAAAUGUAUUUUGGAUUAGAAAUCUAGUUGAGUUGUUUUAAUUUCUAAUACCUCUUAUAAAAGAGGAAUUAAUAACUUUUUAAAGCAGUAUUCAAGUAAAUAAAAUACAUUAUUUUGUUUUCUAACAAAAGCAGUUCUUAGUUCAGGAAGAAAAGACUAAUCUGGCUUCUAUGUCAGUUUGUCUCCGUAGAAAUGAAAGCCUCCUCUGCUUCUUUCAUUAUUAGCUUCACACCAAUGACUGUGAUGCAUUAGAAUUUGGACAGAGUAAGUCAAGCCUCACUUCCAAUUCAAAUAUAAUGUCUGUCUUCAAAUUGAAUGUGCUGUGAAAUUGUUCUGUCUUUGAAAAAAAAAGUAAGAUUAUUUUGUGUGCCGCUUUGGGUAAAGUUUCAAAAAUACUUAAACUGUCCAAAUUGUAUUAUCACCAUCAUUGAACUUAGUGCUCAAAGAAAGCAUUGUGAGGUAUUUUUCUAAACUUUAGACUCUAUGGAGAAAUAUAGGAUUGCUUGACAGAAGAAAAGCAGAACUCCUAAUUAAAAAAAAAUAAGCCUAUGUAUUAAGAGAAUGUUCUCGUAAGUUGCCUAUGAUGCUUCCAAAGAGUUUUUAUCUAACAGAUUGUCCCUAAUAGCUAGAUAAGUUUCAAUAAUGUAUUAUAGUAAAAGCUAUAACCAAUGUAGAAUUAAAAUGGGCUCUAAAUUCUGUUUGUUUUUAACUCGUGUUUAGAAUGUACUUAUGAGGUAGAUCCUUGCUUGAAAGUAUCUGCAGAAAAGCCCAGUAACGUGGCAGCUUCAUGCAUAAAGAUAUAAAUGACAUUUGCCUUAAAUUUGGCAGCCUACCCUGGCUUGGGUCAGAUUUUGUUCUUGAACACAAGAAAGUAUUUAAGCAAAUAAACACUUCAAUUUAAUUGAAAACAACUUUUUGUAAUGCUGACGUGUUAAAUUGGCCUGAGGGUAUUAAUUGAUAUCUGUUGAUUUUGUUUUGUUUUUCUUUGAAGUAUAACAUUACUUUUUGGAGGGAAUUUUUGAAAGAUGCUUUUGAUUUCUCUCAAUUCUUUAAGUCAUGCAAAAUGAAUUUAAAAUCCAGGGAGUAUGGAUGCAUUGCCUUAGUUUUGAUGAGCUUUAAAUUAAAUGUGUGCAAUAUCAAAAUAUUCAAACUUACAAGUUGGGUAAAUACAUUUCCUGAUUAAUAUCUUAGUGCUUAAUUGUUCCCACAUUUUCAAAUUUGACUUUACUCUUUUUUGGCGUAAUUCAGUAAGAUUGUUACCAGCCAGUGUGUUUGCACACAUUUGGGUUUGUGUUUAGAUGAGUUAGGGACAGUCAUAAAAGUUGGGGAUAUGUUGCAUUUGAUAUCAGUAGUAGCAUAUUUCCAGGAUAUGAGCCAUAAGUUGCAGUCCUGAAUACAACAGUGUUAUCCAAAGAAAGGAGUUUUCUGACAAAUACAUAGCUUUACUAAUGGGUAUGGAACAAGUGGAUGAAAGUGUGCAUGUGCUAAGGUCUUAAGUGGGACUCUGAUUUAUUCCAUUUAGAUAUUUCUACUUAAGCUCUAAAAAGGAGAGGUGCUCUUAAAAACUUUGUGGUGCUGGUACUCACACUACUUUAUUUGGAUGAGUUCCUAGUAAAAAAAUUUUUGUUGAAGUAUUUUGCACAGCAGUUUAUCCAAAUAUUUGGUAAACUUAUAAUUUAGUCCUAUGUUAGUUUUGUUAGUUUUCUUAAUCAAAUAUGCAAUUACUGUAUAUGCAAAUAUAAGUAUCAGGUACAGAGUUGAGUUCUAACGAGAACAUGAAAUAUCACAAAUAUUGUUUUCCACACUUGGCUAUUCUCUACAGUUGUUAGUAAUUUUUGAGAAUGUUUUGAAGCAUAUCUCAUGUAAUACUGUUUAAAAAGUGGCAAAACAGACUGCCAGUCAUCCAUUACUAGAUUUUCAGAGCUUAUAUGAUUAAGGGGAGUGAGAUAAGACUAAUCUUUUUCACGUUCAGUUUUAUAAUUUGACACGUUAAAUUGAGUUUUAAAAAUUAGAAAAGUGUUUUUGACCACACAGGUUGUUCUCUUUAAAGUUCAGCCUUAUAAUGAAGCUAAAAAUCAAUUAUAUUUUACUUUGAGAUUAUCAUCUUAUCCUUUGAUCCUCAUAUUAAUAUCUAAAUUAGUCUUUUUUAAAAGGCAUGCACUUGAGACUCCAGUAAUAGAUGAUUCAGGCAGCAGAAUAGUGUUUUGUUGUGUCGUUGACUAUGCACAAUGGUGGAGCAAAGACACGUUCUUAGUUUUUCAAAAUACAUGUUCAUUUUACCACAAAGUGCCCAUUUUUAUAUACAUUUAAGGAUUUUUUUUUAAUGUCAAGUUCAUGUUAGUGAUUUCAGAAAUAUAGUCAAAAUAUAUAGUCAAAUACAUCUUGACAGGUAUCUUGAGAUUUGGUUUUUCAUUUUACCAUAUUCUUUAUGACUGAAAAUAGUUUUGUGUUUUCUUUAUGUUGUUUAUAUAUUUUUUUACCUUAGUGUUUACACUGGUAAGGCUUGUUAGUCCAUUUUUGUAGUUUUUUUAAAGUAAGCUUUUAGAUCUAUUUGUGUUUUAAUGUUUCCCAGUUUGGGUUUUGUUUUGUUUUGGAAGAAUCUGCUUUCAUUAUUAAAUUAUAAAAUGUAAAUGCUCUAAAGUAGGAAUUUUUAAAGAGUAAAUUAUUUGUGUAGCUUAUUAGGAGGUUCAGGUUAGUGACCAUAAAUAAAGUGGGUUACUUGUACAUGAAAAUUUUAAAUGGUACCAUGUAAAAUUCUUGUAUCGUCACUCUUUCUGAUGUUUGCCAGUUCAUUUACUGACAAAUGUUGUUACUAAGUGCUUAUUAAGAAGUGUAAUACGCUAUAAAAAAAUGUUAAUACUUUUUGUUCAGAUGUAAAGCAAAGAUAAUUGAGGCCGUUUCAGUGUAUGAUUGUAUUUUUAACUUUACGUUGGUGGGAGUAACUAUUUGAGGAAAUUUGUGGUGAAAAUUAGUAAGAGAUAGAACCCCCAACAGUUUAUUCUUACCAAGUAAAGUUUUGUGGUCAUGGGGCAGGGAAGAGUUUAUUUACCAGAAUACCAGAGCCCUCACACAAAAUAAAGGUAACUUGGAGGAGGGUUAUAAUGCUUGCAUCUCAGUAUUUUCAUUUCACUUCAUCCUUUCAUAAUUGCCCAUAUUAUGGUGCAGUCUAACCUAUUAAGCAACUUUUGGCUAUAGUAACAUUGAUAUGAACCAUAUUAUAUCAAGUCUCCAAAACAUCUAGUUUGUAACAUGCACUUUCCCCGUUCUUUUUAGUUUGAGUCCACAUUACUAAUACAUUUUAAUAAUAUUUAAUUAUUUCACAAUUUUAAGUUUACCAAAGUAAACAAAAAAUCAUGAAGAUGAGUAUUGCCCUCUCCCAAAAAAGGUUUAAAGAUGAGUUGAACUUCCCUCAACUACACCUAAAGCAAAGGGGAAUUUUAGUAAGUGUGUGUACCUUGUUUCUUUCAGACACAUCUAGUAUGUUUUUCUUUCACCAUACCUCCAAAAGAGGCAAUUUAGAAAGUAUUAAGUAGUAACUUUUGUUCAAUUCCAUUUUUUGUGUGUGUGUGUGUGUGUGUGUGUGUGUGUGUGUGUGUGUUAACCUUGCUUUAAAACAGUAGCAUAUACUUUGGUCAUUGAACUUAGUCUCUCUGGUGUUAGAAAUUUACUUUACAAAAUUGUGUUAAGACUUUUGGAAAAAGAAAAUGAAACUGCUGUGGUAAAAACCAAGUUUGUUUCAAAAAAGUAUUUAGACAAUUAUUUGGCUGUUAUAUUUUCUUUGAAAACUGCAAUAAUUUAUAUAUUUGUAUUGCUCUGCUUGGGAAGUGUAUAUAUGCUUGUCUACUAUUUUUAAUUUUACAACAAUAAAAUAAGUAUUUUGUUAUCUGCUA